UCAAAGGGAAACAAAAGGAACUGCCCGGCUUCCCAUGGCUGUGGCCAGCACUUACAUCCCAGGGCUCAACCCUCGGAACCCACAUUAUAUCCCAGGGUACACUGGACACUGCCCACUACUUCGGUUCAGCAUGGGCCAGACCUAUGGGCAGGUGACUGGCCAGCUACUUCGAGGCCCUCCUGGCCUAGCCUGGCCCCCCGCCCAUCGCACACUCCUGCCUCCCAUUCGGCCUCCACGCUCUCCCGAGCUUCCCAGGGGGAGCCGACCUCUCAGGCGCGGGCACGGAAGGCUCAGCUCCAGCAUGAUCCCUGGGUACACAGGUUUUGUACCCCGGGCCAAGUUCAUCUUUGCCAAGAACUGUAGCCAGAUCUGGGCUGAGGCUGUGAGCGAUUUCACUCAGCUGCACGGUGGGCGAGGGACUCAGGAGCAGCCGCAGGAGGCCGAGAGAGAAAAAGAGCUGGAGAACGAGCAAGAGCAAGAGCCAAGGCUGGGGCCGGAGGAGGAAGAACAAGCUUCUCCCUACUCCAUGGAUGACAGAGACCCCCGGAAGUUCUUCAUGUCAGGCUUCACUGGCUACGUGCCCCGCGCCCGCUUCCUCUUCGGCUCCGGCUUUCCUGUGCUCACCAACCGGGCACUGCAGGAAUUUGGGCAGAAGCACCCACGGGACGGAGGCCAGAAGGAUCCCAAACACCUCCCGCCGCUGCCCAGGACCCACCUUCAGAACCAGGGUCCUUCACCUAACUAG